GGGCGGGGGAAAAGUCAACAAGAAAUAUGAGUAUGCAUUCGGCCAGCUGCAUACUUCGUGGUUGUCGUCCGACUUCUGUUGUCGGAUGCUAUGCUUUUCCAUCGCGCAGCAUCGCCUAGGCACAUCAACGUCAGUCACGAUCGUUGAGAGGUCUUGCAACGUAAGAUGGCGCCUACGGCGACGACACAGACCCAGGAUCCUCCACCAGCUGGUAAAACCGACGUGGAUCAGAGUACAACCUCACCGAUCAGUUCGCCAUCAUGUCAGCUUGCCGAAUCAGUCCUCGCCACAAGCUAUGCCACCCAACAAGGACCAAUGUCGCCCGAGGCAAUAUUGCGACUUCUUCGCAACCAAGUCUGCAAUGACAACCAAUGCGAACCUCCUGAGGGUAUAGAUCCAAGUGCUGUGGUUGUUGCCAGAGAUGACAAGUCUCUGUACAAGAAGUGCGAGAUAUCCGUGGGACUGGCAAAUGGGCUGGAAGGUUAUGUGUUUCGUCAGACAGAACCAAUUGGCGAGCUUCAGAAUGAAUGUUCAACUAGCAUCGACAACAUGAUCGACGAGAUCGGAGGACUGGCUAAAGCGUGUUGGUGGGUCGGGUCCCAUAAGAAUCAAGUUUACCAAGCUGGAUUUCGCAGCCUGAACCCUAGUGGCAACUCCUCUCUCCACAUGCAGCAACACAUCCCAAUCACUGGAACACUUGCAGACGCUUCGCCACCUGGCCAGGUAGAGGUCGAGCACAAAGGCAGCACCCCAAAGCAAGUCAUACCAAUUGUCGUGGGAGUGGCAGUUGGCGUGCUCUGCAUCAUCAUCGGUCUGGUCAUAUUUCUCAUAUGGAAGCGUAACAAGCGCGAGCGACAACGAUGGCGAGCCGCGCUUGAGAGACGAGCCAGAAGAAAGGCCAGGAAACACACGCCUGGACAUGAUCACACGGCAAGCGCUCACAGCACCACUCUUCUGGGCAGUCUCACGAGUGGCAACAAGAGCUGGAACAUUCUCGGAACGGCUCACAAUCAGACUGCAGCCUUGCCACCUGAAGGAACCCAAUCGACGACUGGGACACAAGAAACACGAGAAAAAGAAAAGAUCCCUGUCACCGAUGAGACGGUCGCAGCGGGUCUGCACGAUGAGGCAAUCGCCAGGAAGUUGCAAAGGAAAUACGAUGCAGCGCAUGAGCGAAAUAUCCAAGCUGCUUCCGGUGGCACUGGCCGGGAUGACCGAGUGCAAAGCCCGCAACCGCCCAACUACGAUGCCGUUAACGCUGGGAAUGCCAUGGAUAUGGUUCAAGGUCCAAUCGCUAACAGGAUUUCGCAAUUUGCUCCAGCGCUAGGUCCUGAUAGAUACCGAUUCUCCAAUGUGACUCGGGAAGAUGAACCGCCUCUACCUACCUCCCGGACAGCGGAAGGUGUGGGAAAUGAUGCGGCAGAUGGGCGCGAUUCCGAUGAGCACAUCAUUCCGCCUGUUGAGCCACGAGAGCCGCGAAGAGUCCGAAGUCCCCCAGUCUGGCGUGGUACGGGCGAGGACCGCCACCACUACGUCUUCCCACCACAGCGCCCUCUUCCACAACGCCCUCUUCCAGAACGACCUCUGCCCGAGAGACCUUCUCAUUCGCCCGUAGGUUGGCGGAACACAAUGGACACCCUUGAAGGUUAUGACAUGGGCGGCUCUUCUUCUCCAGAAAAGCUUCUGCCGAGCAGACCAGAAGUCAGAAGCCCUCGAGGCUGGAAAGCUGCAGAUGAUGAGUGAGAAAUGCACCAUCUCCAAAUGCUUUGGCCAGUUUCGCUGACGAGAAUUGUCUUUCCUCAGCUCCCUUGCGGCCGUUCUUCAUCAAGAUGCCUCUGCGACUGCUGAUCGAGGCAAAUCGCCCGAACCCAAGAGGCCGGAAUCUAGGGUGCGAACGGCCACGAGUGAGGAGCUGGCACUGGGUCUUUUAUAUGCGGGUAUGAAUACGCCGAGACCGAGAGCAAGGGGUGCGUCGCAGUGAGAGGAGGUGAGAUUGUAAUACCCUGUAGUGUAUAUAUGUCGAGAAGAAUGGCAGUUCGUAUGAUCGAGA